AAGUCAAAGCGGCCACGUCUCCGCUCCCCGCCGCCGCACAUCUCCCCUACCUCCGUCUGCACAGCACAGGAGAUCUAUCUCUUCAUUCACACCUCUUCCCCCGCCGCUCUCCGUUCUACCGACCGGCACCGGAAAAGAUAGAGACGCCCCGCGCGCGUCGGCUGGCUCCUGGUUCCGUCCGCCGUCCCCCCACUGCCCGCUUCUCCCGAUCCCCUUCCGAGGUAGUUUAGUUGGCUGGCUGGCUGGCAUGGCUGCUGAAUCCCAGACCGAGACUGGCAACUGCAGUGCCUGGGCGGCAAAAGAUCCUUCUGGAAUACUCUCCCCACACAGUUUCAACCGUAGGACUGUACGACAUGACGAUGUCUCUUUGAGGAUCACGCAUUGUGGUGUCUGUUACGCCGAUGUUAUCUGGACAAAAAAUAGGCACAAUGACUCGGUGUACCCUUUAGUCCCUGGGCAUGAAAUUGCUGGAGUUGUAACUGAGGUUGGUUCAGAUGUCAAGGGCUUCAAACUGGGCGACCAUGUGGCUGUCGGGACAUAUGUCAACUCAUGCCGUGACUGUGACAACUGCAAUAGCUUCCUCGAGAACCACUGCUCAAAGUUUGUUUUCACUUUCAAUGGUGUCGAUACGGACGGUGCUGUCACAAAGGGAGGAUAUUCCACUCACAUUGUAGUUCAUGAACGGUACUGCUAUAAAAUACCUGAUGGCUAUCCAUUGGAAAAGGCAGCACCUUUGGUUUGUGCUGGGAUCACUGUGUACACUCCGAUGACGCGACAUAACAUGAACCAGCCGGGAAAGUCACUGGGUGUCAUUGGUCUUGGUGGGUUGGGUCACAUGGCAGUGAAAUUUGGGAAAGCCUUUGGCCUGAAGGUGACUGUUCUUAGUACAAGUGAAUCGAAAAGAGAUGAAGCAAUCAGCGUUCUUGGUGCAGAUAAUUUUGUGGUGUCAUCAGAUAAAAAACAGAUGGAGUCCCUGAAAAAUUCUUUGGACUUCAUUGUCGAUACUGCCUCUGGUGACCACCCAUUUGACCCUUAUCUCGCACUUCUGAAAGUUGGUGGCGUAAUGGCGCUAGUUGGCUUUCCUGGAGAAAUCAGAGUGCAUCCUGCAACACUUAAUCUGGGUGCACGGACUUUGUCUGGUAGUGUGACUGGAGGCACGAAGGACACCCAGGAGAUGAUGAACUUCUGCGCGGCAAACAAAAUCUACCCAGAGAUUGAGGUUAUAAAGAUAGACUACGUCAACGAGGCCCUUGAGAGGCUUGUCAACCGGGAUGUGAGGUACCGGUUUGUAAUCGACAUAGAGGGCUCUUUCAAGUAAUACGCUCGCGGCUGGCACAUUUUGAAUCCUUAUAAAAGCAUGUGGAAUAAGUUGAAUCUUGUGGGAAUGGAGGGCUUUCUUCUGUAA